CAUGGAUUUUUCCAGAUUUUUGUUUUACGUAUACUAAUUGGUACUCUAACCGGAUUUUGUAACACUUACUACGCUGUUCUGCUGUGUGUAUUUCACGAUCAAUGUUUUAGUAAUUUAAAAGUCAUUUAGACUAAAGAUCUCGAGUAAACUUUAAUUAUGUCGAAAGUGAGCCGUAAAUGUGUGGCAAUAGUAAUUGCUGUCAGUUGCAUUCUCAUUAUUUCAGUAGCCCUUAUUGCAACGUCAAUAAAAACACUAUCCUCAGCUGAAGUUGCUAUAUUCUACAACCGAGUAUUUUUGACAUUGAGACCAGAACCUUAUUAUGAAGGUCUAUAUACGGGACCACCAGGAUUUGAGUUUAUCAUCUAUCCAAACACAUUUACUACCAAGCAGUUCUAUUAUUUUAAAUGUUUGAAUGCAGAAGGAAUUACUAUGGAAUUAAAUGUUGAAUAUCAAUAUAAAGCCGAAAUAGAUUCACUACAAACUAUUAUGAAAGAUUUUAAAGAUUUUGAUGAUUUCAAAGAGAUUCUGGAAGACGAAGGUGAGGCUGCCUUGCAUAAUGCCUGUAGUCGGUUCAAUACGACCCAGUUUCAAUCAGAACGAGGUUCGUUUCAGGGAGUUGUUCGAGAACAAUUACAAAAACGAUACACGGCUCACUUCUGUACUAUUGCUGGCGUGCAGGUAGACAACAUAGCGUGGCCAUCAAAGUUUGAAGAUGUUAUAGAACGGAAAGAGCGGGCGAGAGAAGAUAUCAAGGUAGCAGAAACAGAACGACCUCGCCUUUUGACAGAAGCUGAUACAGAAAUAUUAAAAGCCAAAACACAGGCACAGAUUAUACUGGAUAAAGCUGAAUCAGAUGCAAGAGUAAGAAAAAAUAAAGCCGACUCAGUUGCCGAAGCUAUCACAUCCCAGUUUGAAAAAGAAGCAGAAACAUAUUCUCAGAUAUUAAGUAAUCAAGGAUUAAACCUUAAUCAAGCAGGACUGAUGUCAUACAUGGGAACUCGUGUUAUUGCAGACGCUAAAAAGCCAGUUUACAUCGGUCUGGGAACACCGGCAAAAACCUCUUAUGUUACUCCAUAAUUUAUUCUUUGAUAUACUUGUACAGGGAUUCCACGUGGACUUUUAUUGUUAUUAUUAUUUAGAGAUUGUCUAAAGUUGCGUUCCACAGAUCGCUGCUAAUGAUUUUAAUGGCAUUGUAUUUAACGAUCCUCAACAACAAAAAUGUAUUAUGUAAGAUUUAGUAAUGGAUGUUUGAACUUUUUGACAAGAAAUAGCCGAGUGUCAAGUACCAUUGCAGUGAUCGUAAACGAGGGCUCGGUUGUUAGUCCUUUUCUUGAGCGACAUCCAUUUUAACAGAUUAUUAUGACAUGGAUGGUCUAGUCCAUUCAAUAUCUAAGCCAACCGAUUUCAUAGAGAGUUGAUAAUAGACUUGUCGUGUGAAUAAAGGUCUAAAUAAUAAUAGCUACAAUAGGCAUAUUUAGUUCUUACAUAAUGCAUCUUAAAAAAUGACUUAUCAGGCCAUCCUCUUAAUAUGUCAUUACUUUGCAUUCUCUAAUAUCCAUGUAAAUCUUUUAGAAGCUGUUUAUCUUUAAUUGAGGUUAUAUUUGUGAUAAUAUUAUCUUUAUUUGUGUAUCUUUUUAAAUUGAUCUAAAUUCACAUUGUUGACAUUUUCAUUUCAUUCGUUAUAUACCAAGCACAUACCUGACUAGUAUAAAUUGUUUCAAUGGCAUUUAGUAAUUGAACUGGAAUAUACAGGUCACACAAUUCUAUGGAAUACAAUUACUGCUUACUACUGAGCGACGUUUUGACUAGGCUUCUCUGGUCAUUAUCAAGCAAUGAUAAAAUAUGAAAAUAUACUCUUCAAAAAAAAGUAGGGGAUGCAAAUACCUAUGCAGGUUGUGAUAUGAUAAAUAGUCAUGGACACUUACAUGCUUGGAGAGUAUGUUCACAAAUGAAGAACUUAUCGCCCCAACAGAACCAAUGAGCUGCAUGAGCGACACCCAAUAGCGCCAUACACGUGGGAGGGGUUCAUUGUCAAAUUUGACAUUUCAAGUAAGGGUUGAUGAAAACUGCCGCUUGCUGGUUAAUCCUAUCCAUGUUUGCUUUCCUACCAGUUCUUGCAUAAGAUUUACCGUUUAGCGUAUCUUUGCUUUAGAAUGUUACGUUUAAUUUGAUCGGGAGACGUGUUCGUCGACAUCAACGUCAACCGACAACACAACGAGAAUUGGCCGUGGCACUGCAAGAGGAGUGGGUCAAAUUGUCCCAAAUCGUGAUUGGACGGUUGAUUAGUAGCAUGCCACGACGAAUUGCUGAAUUUCUGAGGAUUGGUGGAGCAAUUACUCAUUAUUAAGACAAUAAUCAAAAACGUCCAUUUUCACUUUUGACAGUGUAUCUCUUUGCGAGUGAAAUGGGGCGUCAGAUAAGCCGCCCAUAUGAACUGUUUAUGUUCAUGUGUAGGCAAUUGGCCUGUUAUUAACAUACACUAGUUACCUCUAAUAAAAACAUCAGUGCAU